GAUAUUUAAAAGCUGUGUUUCGGUUUGUGUUGAGCUGUUUUGUUUUUGUGUAAAUGUGUUGUGGAUGUUUAACUUCAUUUAGAGGGUCAGUCAGUCGAUUUAACUCGCGUUUGAAAGUCCGGCGUGUGCUAGACCCGGAUGCAGAAUGUCAACAAAGAGUCUCGCAAAGGAACUGGGUCUGAUCAGGAAGCGCAGUCAGUCGUGCAGUGACAUUCGACAGCAUCAGCGGUCUGUUCGCAAGCAACACUUCUCAUAUCUCAUCAUCAUUGAUUUUGAAUCCACAUGCUGGAGGGAGAAGAACAACUUUGGCCAGGAGAUCAUCGAGUUUCCAGCCGUCCUGCUAAACGCUUUAAACGGUGAAGUCGAGUCCGAGUUUCACACAUACGUUCAACCGCAAGAACAUCCUGUGUUGUCUGAAUUUUGCCGAGAGCUCACAGGCAUCACGCAGGAACAGGUGGAGUCUGCACCCCCCCUUCAGAUUUGCCUCUCCAGAUUCAUCCGUUGGCUACACGGCCUCCAGCAGGAAAAGGGUGUGGUCUUUGAGACUGACAGUAAAUGCCCCGCCCCCUCUGGACAUCCCUGUGCGUUUAUUACAUGGUCAGAUUGGGAUUUAGGAGUUUGUUUGCUGUAUGAAUGCAAACGUAAGCAGAUCAGUGUUCCUGAAGCUCUGAAGAGUUGGAUUGACCUGCGAGCAACAUACAGGCUCUUUUAUAACAGGAAGCCCAAAGGUCUGAGAGGAGCUCUGCAGGACCUUGGCAUUGAGUUCAUAGGACGAGAACACUCGGGUCUUGUGGAUGCGAGAAACACUGCUCUCCUGGCGUGGCGGAUGCUCCUGGACGGUUGUGUGCUGACCGUGACAAAGUCUCUGAGGAGGGCACAAGUGAAGUCCAGGCCGGUGCGUGUAAACUCUUCCUCUGUGCGCUCAACCGGUCCAUCAACAGCGUGUGAACAGCAGAUGAGUGUGUGUCAAGUGCUCGUAUCACCACGCACCGUCCUCUCCAGCACAACACCACCGUUGUGUGUCAACAAACCCACACUGCUUCAAAAUUCUAGCAACAUUCUUUUGAGCACCACGCUGGCCGGCCUGUCUGACGUGACCUAUGACCCAGAGACACCUGAUGCCUGCUGUCCAGAUGGAGUUCUUCUGACAGAGGAGGAGGAGCCUGGCUCCUAUGAUGAUGUUAUUUUGGGGGCGGAGCCUGAGGAUGUUGACCCGUCAGUGUCUGCUUUAAGCAUUCUGAGUCCCAGAAACACUGAGAUCCAAUCCCACUGCACCACAGAACCCAACAAAACCACAUCACACCGCUCUAAACUGAUUCCUUUUAAACCAGCGACCUCUGGGUCUGCAGAACUCUUUAAAAAACCCAAACCCCUCUCACGCACAGACCCCUACGCUUCCGUUUCACGCUUCUUAGGACUCAAAAGUGCUUCAUUCAGUGUUUUUAAAGACCCGUCCAACCGCACACCUGUCAGCACCAGCAAGCCCAGCGUAUCCCGCCCUCCUCUCUCCUCAAGUGUCAAUCAUUCAGUCAGAAAAACGGCUCCGUUGUGCGGCUGUGGUCGGAGGGCCAAACGUCUGACGGUGGGUAACGGAGGACCCAAUCACGGCCGUGUGUUUUACUGCUGUCCUGUGAGACGACAGAGCUGUGAUGGCCGACAGAAAGGCUGCGAGUUCUUCCAAUGGGAAUCCAGCACACAGAAACUCCUCAAGACCUGCAGUGCUGCCAGAUCCAUCCGUUGACAUCAAAAUGUGUCUCUUGUCUGUCUGUCUGUCUCAGAUCAUUAUGAACUAAUGCUUUUAUAAUCAGUCAUGAAUUAUGUGGGGUAAAAACGUUAUCAUCGUUAUUAUGAUUAUUUAAAAAAGAACUUGCUGUCAAUAAAAAUGUGAGAUACCACUGUUUGUAUAGCUUUAA